CAACGGAAGAGAAGACGGUCUAUUACGACAGUCCUGGCAGACGACACAUUUCUUUCCUUUUCCCUCCCAAUUGAAGCUCGAUACGCUGCAAAGAUGGACCCUCAUCUCGAUCCUUCGCCUGCCGUCGUGAGCCCGGUCGAUGAUGCUCCCGCCACGCCCAUGGAUGUGGACGACCCUGUUUCUGUGCUAGAAGAACGUCCCUUCGCGGCAAAGCAUCUGGCCGAUCUCGGACAGGAGGAGGAGGACUUCAAAGUCUGCCACUGGGACGUGGCCGGGUGGCGGAGCCUCGAUAAGCGCCUGACCGGGCCUGAGUUUGAGUGCGGAGGGCAUAGAUGGCGAAUCUUGCUCUUUCCUUUCGGCAACUCCAAUGGACAACCCAAUGACAUGGUGUCUGUGUAUCUCGAUUACGCUGAUCCAAAGGGCAGUCCAGAGGGCUGGCACGUCUGCGCUCAAUUUGCCCUCGUCAUCUCCAACCCCUCAGAUCCUACAGUCUCUUCGUCAAGCCAGGCUCAUCACCGCUUCACUGCCGAGGAAAUGGACUGGGGGUUCACACGCUUCAACGAAUUGCGGAAGCUGAGUGUGGCGGCAGAAGGAAGAGGUCGACCGAUCAUCGAAAACGAGAGCGCGAGAAUUUCUGCCUACGUCCGCGUUUUGAAGGACCCCACCGGCGUCCUCUGGCACAACUUCAUCAACUACGACUCGAAGAAGGAGACCGGCUACGUCGGGCUCAAGAACCAAGGCGCAACGUGCUACAUGAACUCGCUUCUGCAGUCACUGUACAACACGCACUAUUUCCGAAGAGCCGUCUACCAGAUCCCGACAGAGCAAGACACACCGUCAGAGAGUGUCGCACUCGCCCUACAGCGGGUAUUUUACCUCCUGCAGACUUCGGAUCAGCCCGUGGGCACAAAUGAGCUCACAAAGUCAUUUGGGUGGAAGUCGCUCGACUCGUUCCUCCAACACGACGUGCAAGAAUUCAACCGAGUGCUACAAGAAAAGCUCGAGACGAAGAUGAAGGGUACGGCCGCAGAUGGAGCUAUCACAAAGCUCUUCGUUGGGCGAAUGAAGAGUUACCUGCGCUGCGUCAAUGUCGACUAUGAAUCGGCUCGGACUGAGGAUUUCUAUGAUGUUCAGCUCAACGUCAAAGGGAUGGCCAAUCUACAGGACUCGUUCCGUGAUUAUGUCGAGGUCGAGAUGCUCGAGGGCGACAACAAAUACCAGGCAGAGGGCUAUGGGCUUCAAGACGCCAAGAAGGGUGUCAUUUUCGAGAACUUUCCACCAGUUUUGCAUCUGCAGCUCAAGCGAUUCGAGUACGACAUCGAAAAGGACGCCAUGGUCAAAAUCAAUGAUCGGCAUGAGUUCCCCAUGGACAUCAAUUUGCAAGAGUACAUUGACAAAGCGUCGCCCGUCCGUGAUGAAAAUUGGAACUACAAGCUGCACGGUGUCCUCGUCCAUUCUGGCGACCUUCACGGUGGGCACUACUUUGCGUUGCUGAAGCCAGAGAAAGACGGGAAAUGGUUCAAGUUUGACGACGACCGAGUGACGCCCGUCACCGACAAGGAAGUUCUCGAAGACAACUUCGGCGGCGAGAUUCCCAAUGGGCACUUGGGCGGACAAAUUGGAGCGAGGGCGCCAGUAAGAGCUAUGAAGCGCUUCACGAACGCUUACAUGCUUGUCUACGUGCGGGAGUCCAAAGCCGACGAAAUCCUUAAGCCUUUCACGAUCGAGGACACGCCUCUCCACCUCCGUGAGAGACUUGAGCAGGAGCGACUUCAGAUGGAGGCACGCAAAAGGGAGCGCGAAGAGCAGCACUUGUACCUGACGGUCAAGCUCAUCACCGACGACACUUUUAAGGCGCAUCAAGGUUUUGACCUCGCCACUUUUGAGGAGAGAAACCUCCCUUCGUCGGAUUUGCCAACGUUCCGGGUUCUCAAAAACGAGCCCUAUCUCGUUUUCAAAAGCAAAUUGGCUCAGCAGUACAAUCUCGACGAGAAUUCGAUCAAGCUCUGGGUUUUGGUCAAUAGACAGAACAAGACGGUCCGACCCGAUACUGCCGUUCCAGAAAACGAUCCCAACCUGACGCUGGAGACGGUUCGGGACCGGAUGGCGUCGAGGCAGCACGAUCUCCGAUUUUACCUCGAGCUUCAGAGUCCUGAGAUCUCGGUUGACAAGCAAAAUCCGCCCUUGAUGAUCUUCCUCAAGUAUUUCAACGUCCUCAAUCAGUCUCUCACGGGCCUCGGUCGCGUCUACGUGCAGCGAAACAUGAAGGUCGGCGACUUGGUGCCGACCAUCAACCAGCUCAUGAACUGGGCGCCGACGGUCCAGCUUCGGCUCUUCGAGGAGAUAAAGCCUGGCAUGAUCGAGCAGAUGAAACCAAAGGCCACCUUCCAACAGAGCGAGAUCCAGGACGGCGACGUCAUCUGUUUCCAGACGGAAAUCUCGGAGAAGGAAGCGCACGACUAUGAGGCUCAAUCGCUUUACUCGAAUCCGAUUCAAUUCUACGACUUCCUGCAGAACCAAAUCAAGGUUCUCUUCAAGCCACGUUUCGACGACGUCGACUACAAGGGCGAAUAUGAGGUCACUCUGAGCAAAAAGAUGACUUACGACAUGAUGGCCCUCAAAUUCGGCGAGAGGCUCAAACACGACCCCCUCAAGCUGAGAUUUACGACAGCCAACGGCCCAAAUGGCACGCCCAAGACAAUUCUCAAGCGGACGGCCAAUCAGACCGUCAACGAGAUCGUGUCGCCGAGCUACAUUCAAGGGCAAGCCUCAUUACUUUACUAUGAGAUCCUUGAUGUGUCCAUCGUCGAGCUCGAGACAAAGAGGAGUCUCAAGAUUUGGUGGAUGGGCGCCCACAACAAAGAAGAAGCUGCCCAAUCUUUCCUGUUGCCCAAGACGUGCAACAUCAACGAUGUGGCCGAUAAUCUUUCUAAAAACGUCAAGCUGGAAGAGACCAAGAAGAUUCGGAUCUUUGAGGUGAUCAACAAUGGACGGCAGCAACGCGAGAUCUACGGCACAGAAAUGAUUGGCAACAUCAGCGAGCUGACUGACCUCUUUGGCGAAGAGAUCUCACAGGAAGAGCUCAAUGCGAGAGAGGAGGACAAGCUCAUCCACGUCUUUCACUUCUCAAAGGAUGCUCACCGGACACAUGGUGUGCCGUUCAAGUUCGUCAUCAAGCCUGGCGAGCUUUUCUCCGAGACAAAGAAGCGCAUUCAGGAGCGUUUGGUGGUUCCCGACAAGGACUUUGCAAAGUUCAAGUUUGCUCUUGUCCAGUCAAGCACAUAUAAGCAGCCAUCAUAUCUCGAAGACGAGGACGUCAUCUACGACCACCGCUUCAGCCAGGAUGAUGUGCUGGGCCUUGACCACAUUGACCGGUCGGGAAAGACGGGCCGCAUCGCCCCUGCAGCACAAGAUCGGGGCAUUCACAUUCGAAACUGAUGAUGCAAGGCUCUUCCAAUUUUGUCGUCCCAUCUGCCUUCCUGUCUUCUUUUCUUUUUUCGCCACCUUCUUCCCCUUCUCCACCUUGCCUUCAAGACACUUGUGCGAAGGUCGCAAAGACGACAAUGAAACCCUUCGAGGGUAUACAAAUCCUGGAAUGAAGAUGACCUCUGUUUUCCGCCUCGACGAAGGACAAUGAUUUUCAUUCCGGGCAAA